UAUGACAUGUCUCAAAAUCCCAAUGUCAAAUCUGAAGGAAUUACGGUUAACAAGUGCCAUAAAAUUGGCCGUAACUACGGAACAAACAGAGAAAACAAUAUUACUCAAAACGAUAUUAUUGAAGCAACGAUUGGCGAUUUUGGUAGGUGGCAAUGUAGAAUGUCAACUUUGAUGGCACUAUUAAGAUUUCCAACGGCAUGGAUACAAUUAGGAAUUGUGUUCUUGGCCCCUCCAACAGAGUUCUGGUGUAAACCACCCCGGGAGUAUAAAUUCAUGGAUGUUGACAAAUGGAAGCAGUUAACUAAUAUACCUAACGAUACCUUUAAAAGCCACUCUACGUUAGAAUAUGGCAAUUGUAAAAUGUGGUAUCCCGCCAAUGGAUCGGUUAUACCGUGCAUUUGGGGAUACGCCUAUAAUAGGUCGGUGAUUCAUUCUAGCAUUAUAACCGAAUGGAAUCUAGUUUGUAACAAGUCACAUUUAAUUGAGUUUUCUCAGAUAGUGCUUAUGUUUGGGGUAUUAAUUGGAAGUAUAUGGCUUGGUUUGGCGGCUGAUAAACUAGGACGCGCAAGAGUGUUAAUGUUUGCAAUAGUGUCUCAGUCGAUAUUUGGACUUUUAACCGGAAUCCUUCCGUGGUUCAGCACGUUUUUGGUGUCCAGAUUUUUUCUGGCCGUGGCAAAUGGCGGUGUUUCGGUCAUUUCAUUCGUAUUAUGUAUGGAAGUGGUGGGAGGCGCUUGGAGAACAAUUGUUCCCAUCCUUUAUCAUAUUCCUUUUGGGUUAGGUACCUCAAUGAUGGCUUUUGCUGCAUAUUUUUUAAGAGACUGGCGAUGUUUACAACUUACGCUGUUCGGUUUGAGCGCUUUGUAUCUAAGUUAUAUAUGGAUGAUCUCAGAGUCACCACGUUGGCUUUGGGUUGUUGGAAAAAAACAAGAAAGCAUUGCAAUAUUGGAGAAAGCUGCUUGCGUUAAUCAGUUGGAUCUGAUGCAACUUAAACUAGCUAUUGAUAGCAUACACGGUUCUCCUCCAGUUAAAUAUACAAAUGAGGAGUUGGGUUUGAGAAUGCUUUUCAAAACACCGGAAUUGAGAAGUCGAACUAUAAAAUUAUGCUUAAGUAGUGUAAUUUCUGGAAUGAAUUUCCUCGGUUUCUCGGAAUAUCUCGGCCAAAUUAGCGCAAACAUUUAUCUAGGGGUAGCAAUUGGAGGAAUUGCAGUCAUUCCUGGAUCGUUUACAUGUAUAUACGUUAUUAAUCGGUAUGGACGUACAAUGAGUAUUUCAUGUGCCGCAUGUUUCAUUGGUAUGUGCUUCUUUGGAAUAUGCUUUUUUCCUUUGGAUGUUUAUAAAAAUGAUUGGCCUCGAAUACUAUUGUCCGGGAGCGGCUUCUUCGGAAUGUCAAUAGCGUAUCCCGCCCUAUGUUUGUUUACCGGCGAACUUUUUCCAACGAUAUUACGAAACGCAGGAUUGGGAACAACCGUUAUGUUUUCCAAGUUGGGCUCAAUGAUCGCACCUAUCGUGCUACAAAGCGGGGAAUAUGCAACUUUUGUUCCAUUAUUAAUAUUGGGAUCAACUUCAUUUAUUCAAGCUGCAUUAGUACUACCUUUGCCAGACACACUAAAUAAACGACUACCCGAUACAAUAGAGGACGUUGAAGAAAUGCACGGCUACCAGAAGAAUUGAGUUGCACUGAAAAGAUAUAUCCUAAUUUAUAUAUUUAUAUGACGGCAUUAAA